AUGAUUUUGGGAGGUGCAAUCUCUACUGCCGGUCUCGUAGAUACAUUCAUCCGGCAAGUGGCUCGGACGGUGUUACGGCUCCCCUUUUUGACUCCGCGCCAAGUGUUUUAUGACCAACAAAAUGGAGUAGGAUUGGAAAGCUGUGAACUCGAUGCGAAUGUGCACCGAAUGCAAGAAGCGCUUCGAAUUCUAAACUCACCCGAGUUACCGGUAUAUCAUCUGCUGGUUGAGCGGCUAGAAGCAUAUCAAACCCACGCGGGACUUCCUGACAAUCCUUUCGUGCUUCCAGUCAAACCUCCCGCCCAAGUGCGAACCUGGGAAGCACAAUUGAUUCGAUUUGCAGCCUCACUCAAACCACCACUCCGUUUCGCUGUCAAAUGGGCUCAACCACCUGCAGUGAGAUCACUCCGAGCUAACGAUCGACCGCUUAUUGAGAUUACACCACCGCAGCUCCGGGGUGUACUAGUUGCAGUUAAUUGGAACUCGGACUGUAAACUUAUCUUUGUGGGUGAUUUGUGUGGGGUAUAUGGAACAAGUUUAUUAACAAGAGCGGAACUGCAGCGAAAAGGAAAGUGGGUAGGAGCGAAAAAAGCACGUGUAGACCAGCUUUAUGAAGAUUGGAAAUGCCAUCUCGUCCACGAGGGCACAUUGGACUUACGCGUACCUGUUGGUUGUCAGCGCUUGCCACCUGGGGUGGCCUCAUACCAAAUGAGAAUUGGCGUUGGUGAGUGGAUUAUUGCAGUACAACUGGAUACACAAGACGCAGUGCCACGUGUUGACCACUACGAGCUGGGCUAUCGUGAAAUUGGCGAUGUCGCCCGUCACCAGCUUGGAACAGUGAUCCCAAUCCACUGGUGGUAUGAGCGACCACGGGGUAGCGAUAUCUGGUAUGAGCGGACCCAUAGAGCCGUUGUCAACGAGUUCGAAGCUGUGUGCGUUCCUGUUAUCGUAAGAUAUCUUCCUAGGCGUCGCAACAGGAAAGAUCGAAUAAUUCUAUGGACCACGACACAAGUGGACGGGAUUCAAGGGGCCAACGAUAGGCGCCUGCUUCAGGAGGCAGCGGCGCGCAGUCGGCUCCGCUAUGAAAGUACAUUGAUCCAUGGGACUCCCAUUGAGAUUGCAACGGCAUGCACAGCUUGUGGGCGGCACAGAGGCGAACAAUGGUGCAGUGAAUGUGGUUUGUGGCACCAUACACAGUGUAUGACACGAUCUUGCAGAUUGCCACCCGUUGAUGAUACUGUCGUGGGGAAUGCACGUGCGGCAAGCGUGCAAUAUGCGUGGAAGGAGGGUGACCAGACGCUAGUUGUUCAAGCUGGUGACGGCAGCGUUGCUGAAGCGAACACAACGAAUGUACAAGGUGGAUGGGCGCUACAAGCGCCAGGGGGUAACAGUGUCACGGGCCAACUACGAAUCCACCGCCCCGAUAUCACCUCAACUCGAUGCGAGAUCCAUGCGCUUUUAGGAGGACUGAACCAACAGCAGAGAGACGUAGCCCGACAAACAGUGCAAGACGGAGAAAUUGGGAUGAUUUACAACGGGAAAUGGUCAGAAUCGCUACGAAGAUUUUACUGGAGAGCUCGGUCCAAUGUACUACACACCAAUGCAGUCAAGAAUCGCUUUGAUAGUAGAUGGUCGGCUAGAUGCGCCACGUGCAGCGAAGUUGACACACAAGACCAUCGUUUUGGACUCAUUGAACCGGAGUGUGAACACGAAUUGAUCGCCAAGCUAACCACUUUGCAUCGCUCGCUAAUCUCCCAGCAGUGGGUACCGGAUCAAGAGAUUUUUCUACCUGCUAUAGCUCACGACAUAGGAACAUCGUGUGGCCUCGAGCAGCGCGGACCCUGGUGCGGAAAUGAACCUAGCAACUUUUUAUGGCUGACGAUGAUUCGAGCAGACAAUGGCAUGUGGUUAAACCCUCAAUGGCUUGACUGGUUAGGGGAUCCUGCCGCGUUGUCUAAAGACCUCAGAUUCCUCCAGCUCCUGGAAAAUGAAGCCGAACCGAAUCGACCAAGAGGAUCUCCGCGAUGCAUGAUACCUGUGGGGCUGAUUGAGGCGAUGGUAUCUACCUUCCUCGCUCUGAAGAAUGGUGGGAAAGUUUUCAGCGCAGCUAUGAAAGUCAGAGUGGGGAAUCCUCACUGGUGUAUUGGGUCGUGA